AUGUGGCUUCAACGCAGUUGGGGUGGCCACCUAACCCGACAGUGUGGGACUGAGCGGCGGUCGCUGAAAACCAAGCCCUUGAACCUGGUGAAACUUUCCUUGGGGGUUGAGGCCCAGGACAGGAUCCAGAUUGUCCAUGAAACACUGCAUCACCUCCGCAGGAUCUACAGCAUGAACCUGAGCUCAGUAACGUGGGUCCAGGCCACAGUGGAACACUUCAGGCUUCUCCUGGAUCGGCAGCUGAGAGAGCUGGAAGUCUGUGUCAGGAAACCAAGCACAGGGUCCAGGGCAAGGAAGAAUGCCACAGUUCGUAAAUACUUCAGGAAACUGAGAAAGUUUCUGAAACAGAAGGGAUUCAGUGACUGUGCCUGGGAAAUAACACGCGCUGAGACCAGGGCACAUUUACAACAGCUCCUACUCAUCAUGGCAACAAUCAGCAGGGAACAAUGAGGAUAUUUCAGAGACUGAAUCAUAAGCGACUGAAAUUGAGGAUCAAUUGAAUUCAGUAGAUCAGGCAACAUAUCUGUAGAUUAUGGUUUCGUGAUGUUUUGAGUUGAGACCCUUCCUUGGACUUCUUAUGCUGGAAAUGUGAUAAAUGAAAUGGAAGAUGUUCAAACAACUCAGUACGUGUGGAGUGGAAAAGGGAGUUAUCCCAGGUCAAAUAAACUACCAUCAUGAAUGCUCAAGAACCAGAAGGUUAACAAUUUUUUAAACAAAUUAAUUAUUAUUAUUGCAUCAGAAACAUUAGCUAUAUUCUCUCCCCUUAGCUUUUUUUCUGAACAAUGUAUUAUUCUAUUAUUUCGAUUUGUAUGAGAGUCAUGGAGAACAAAGAACAUUUGGAUAGUUCUCUGUAUUUAAGUGUUGAUCUAAUUUAUUGAUAUUUAUUUUUGUACCAUUAUCCCGUGUUGAACUGUGAAUCUUGAAAGAUCCCCUCUUUCAAAGACUGACAAAUUCAGUAAAUUCAUUAAAUUAUUUCAGUGAAUAAAUUAAUUUCAGUUUAUUUAUAUUUGCACUGAUAUAUAUUUAAGCAUACAGUAUAUAUAGUCAAAAUCUUUGUUAAUUUAUUGUA